AUGGCCCGGAAUAUCUUUUUUUUACUCUCAUUCAUCGUCCAUUUGGCUAUAGGCUUUGGUGGGGUCGAUUAUUUGGCCAAUUUGGUGCAGAUUAGCACCGGCCUACUCCAGGGAAUCGAGAUUUCAGGCCAUUCAAAUACAAGUGGUCUUGGAUUCUUGGGCAUUCCAAUUGCCGAGCCGCCAGUUGGGAGACUACGGUUAAAAAAGCCAAUUCCUGUCUCAAAAUGGGACGGUGUCAUGUCAGCCAGGCAAUAUCGAAAUGCCUGUAUAUCCAAUCCAGUUCGCACUUACAAGCGAGACGAAGGCGGACCGGUUUCUGAAGAUUGUUUGUAUUUGAAUGUUUUUACAAAUAGGAAAUGCUUGAAAAUGGGUGGUUGCGCAGUAUUGGUAGCAAUCCAUGGUGGUGCUUAUGUUAUGGAAUCUCCAGCUGCCUUUCCGGCAGAAGUUAUUGUCAAUAAUUUUCCUGGCCAGGACCGUAAUGUGAUUGUCGUUAUGUUACCGUAUCGACUAGGCAUUUUGGGCUGGUUUAAUUUACCAGAAAGUGGUGUUCCACCAAAUUUAGCAUUAUAUGAUAUUAAAAUUGGUUUGGAAUGGGUACAACGAGAAAUACAUAAUUUUGGCGGUGAUAAUGGAAGGGUGACUUUAUAUGGUCACAGUGCUGGUGCACAAAUGGUUGAUCCGAUCUCACUUACCCCAAAAAUGGAGGGUCUCUUCCAAGCGGUGAUCUCACAAAGCGGCAAUGCUGCGAGAAUGGAUGUUAACAAAAAUAUCAAUGUUUCUGUAACGAGGAGAAUGCUGAUUAAUCUUGGAUGUGCAACGGAAGAUGCAAAAAUUAGAAAAACAGCAAUUGCUAAAAAAGCGCUUGACUGCAUUCUCGCCAAAUCGGCGGACGAAAUAAAAGACGCACAAAUUGGAAUAGCUGGGAGCUAUGAAGAUUUUUAUGGGAUUUCUUUAGAUGAUUAUUUUUUCACAAAGCCCUACGCUGUAUUGGCUGCAAAACGGAAACAAUUGCCAACAUUAGUUGGAACCGUGACUGGUGAGAUGAAUGCUGGAAAAUUUAUCGAGGGAACUGGUGGGAUGCCCGAUAUCGCGCAGUUGACUUGGGUCUGUGAAGCCUAUGCUUAUGGAUUUGGAUUUGCCAGACCGGAAGUGGUGGCUCAGAUGUGCGUGGAAGAAUAUAAUCAACCGAACAAAACCCGUCACAUUUUUGACGAUGCAGUUUUUUAUAUGGCAACCAUAGUAUAUGCAAAUAGCCAGCUGUCACUGGCAAAUCCGAAUGUAUUUGUAUACAGCUACAGAUAUGCAGAUGCUGGCUUGGCAUAUGAUGCAUAUCAAAAGGAUCGUUCUGAUAGUCCCCUACAUUCGGAAGACUUUAUUUACAUAUUUGGUAUGCAUCGAGGGAUAUUCAAGGAAAAAGACUACGAAGUCGAACGGAUUUACACCGAAAUCCUGGCGAAUUUUGUAAAAUAUCAUAGCCCAAGCUUCGGAAAUGUUUCUUUUCCAAGAUAUACUACGGACGGAAUGGAACAUUUGGUGAUAGAUUUCGACAAAGAUGGGCAAUUUAACGGUGGACCGGCCGUAGAUUAUUAUCGACACCAGUACGAUUUUUGGGAAAAAAAGCUGAAGAAGGCAUCUGGAGGGAGGGCUGCCCUAACAAAUUACCCGCCAGGGUUCGACAAUAUUCCGUUCCAGGAUGUGAUUGACUACCUGGCAUCAGUGGUGACCGGAAUCAGUCACGGGGACAAGAGCACCGCCUCGCAACAGCUCGCCUUCACCGCGUGGGCCCGAUUCGUGGAGGCGGAGAAAAGAAAAAGGAAUAGGGCAGCAGCAGCAGUCCCAUUCCUCACAAUUGAUCCUAUAUUCAACAACAGUGACGAGAACGGGGAUCCUGUCGCCAGUCGAUUCUUCAGUUUGGUGGACGAGAAACCGAAGCACGAAGAAGCAGCAACUCCACCUGUUCAAAUGUGGUCAACAAUUGCCGUGAUCGGAGGUGUACUGGCGGUGUUGGCUGUUGGAAUGGUGGUAUUGAUGAAAUAUCUGGUCUACAAAAGAAGGAACACCUAUCAUGAGAUC